AUGGGGCAACGGAAGAAGCUCAGGGACAUCGUCGGCGCCGUGAAGGACAGAGGCUCGCUCUUCAAGGCGUCGCUCUCCGCGAAGCCCGCCGUCUCCGCCACGCGCGCCACCGUCGUCCGCGCCACCACCCACAAGUCCGCCGCCGCCCCCGCGGAGCACCGGGUCGCCGCCGUCCUCUCCCUCGGCCUGGGGUCCGGCAUCACCGCGUCCGCGUGCAUCUGGUACCUGACGGCCCGCCUCCACCGCACGCGCAACGCCUUCGUCGCGCUGAAAUGCCUCUUCGCGCUCCACGGCAUCAUGAUCCACCGGAGCCCGCACGACCAGAACCUCCGCCUCUAUUCCUUUGCCUUCGAGGGGAAGAAUUUCCUCAGCCUGUGCAAGUUCAACGACGACUUCGACGAGGAGGCGAAGGAGUACUCGUCGUGGGUGAGAUGGUACGCGGCGACGCUCGAGCAGAGCCUCAUCGCUUCUCACGCUCUGGGUUACGUUCUUUCUUCUUCGUCUUCAUCUCCUUGUUCUCAAGCGAAAAGAGAAUACAAACGAGAGAGGAUGCGAGCAGCGACGAGCUCGGAUUUGAUGCGGGAGCUCGAAGUCCUCGCGAGCUCUCUCGAGCAAGUGAGCGACGUCCCGGGGUCGCUGCAUCUUCGGAAGAACGAUCUGGUAUACGAGGUCGUGCGAUCAGUCUGUCAAGAUUACCGGAUGAUCCGGUGCGAAGUGUGCUCGAGAGUGGAGGAGUUGGGCAGCGAGGAGAGAUCGGGCAGCUUGAGUUUCGGCCAUCUGACUCGGUUGCAGAGCGCUCUGGAGCGAAUCGAAGGUUGCCGAGAGAGGCUGGCUUCGCUGUUCGUGAACAAGGCGAACGCCGACGGGCUGUGGGACUUGAUCCCGCGAACGAAGGAGAAGGUGCUCGGUCUCAUGCGAGGUGGCGACCAGAGCUCGACGGUCGUCCCCGGCGGUGCUUGGCUUCCGUGGCGGGACAGGUUUUCUUUUAAUGCUUUGACGACUGUUUUGUGA